GCUUCCCGACCAGCCCACCAAUGGGCGCGGAGCUGGCCCCCAGCCGCUGCUGGGAACGCAGAUCGCCGCGGAACAGAAUCCCGAAACGUGCCGCGUUUUCUACUCGGCGCUCCCGCAGCUCGGCAGAGGCUCCGGCCAGGGAGACAAUGGCUCCCAGCAGCUUGAGAUGCCAGCACCUCGAGCAGGACGGGGCUUCUGCCAGGAGGCAGCGCCGCUGCUGCCACAUCCCAGACCACAAGCGCUGCUCUUUCCUGCGCGCGGCACAGGGGAAAUACGCCACGGUGAUCAAGCCCUACGUGCGAGACUUGCACAAGAGCGUCCUCCUCAAGAACACCAUCCUGCACCUCCAAGACCCCAGACGAGGGAGCCAGGAAACGGGCCUCGGGCUGGCAGCACCCCAGGGUGCCCCACCGUGGCAAGAGACAAGCCAGGGUCCCCCAGCAGAGAGCGAAGGCACAGCGUUUCUGCCAAUGCAGCCAACAGAUGAGCCUCUGAGUGCCGUGGGCAAUGCUCAGGCAAGAGCAGCUGAUGUGGGCAUCAGCAUGUGGGCACCACCUGCCUUCUCCAGCCCCUGUCAAGAUGCAGGACAGGUGACCAGUGAAGACAGCCUUGCUGACCCACUCCUGGAUUCCUUCCUCUGCACUGCUAGUGAAGUCCUGUAUUUUUGGGAAAGUCUGCAGCAACAGGAGGUUGGCAAUGACGCCUGCCUGUCUCUGGCUGGCCCCAGAACCGAUUCCGCCUGGCCCUCUGAAAGUGCAGCUGCCAGCCCAGUGCAGGAGGCUGGGGCCUGGGGUGCCCCCUGCCACGAGGAGCAGCCCCGCGAUCCCUUGCCUGGCAGCUUCGAGAUCUUGGCCUCCAGCUAUGUGAGCAACAUCCCUGCAGAGGAUUUCUUCGCGGACAUUGACAUGUCAGAGUUUGAGAGCAUCCUGUGGGAUUCGCCGAGCAAUGGGCAGCCCACGGUUAUCGGCAUGGCAGGCCAGGCUGCCGCUGAGGACGCCCCCCAGGCUGAAGCACCGCCUCUUCCCGGUCAGGAUGCGAGCAGCAGGAUGGGGAGCCUCGACCAUUACGACCAGGAGCUCCUCCUCCUCUCCUGAAAGGCUCCACUCCGGGUCCCACGGAUUUCAAGGUUCUGCCAUCAUUAAAUUUAUGGGUCAAUUGGUCACAACUUCCGUGGGUUUUGCAGGACUAAAUCAACUAGCUUUUUUAACCUUGCAAUAUGACAUUUUCCAUUCUACUUGAAAGGGUGCAAACAAGUGACUAAACUCUCAUUUGCUGCAAGUGCAAUAAAUCCUGUCUAUUAGAGUAGCGGAAACGUUUGUCGUUGCCCCAGCCAAAGAGGGCCCAGGCCUGAGAGUUAACUCUUUAUGGACAAAAGUGUGCCCUUUCAGCAACUCGCCAGGUCUGAGCCCUGCGAGGUGGUAGCAGCAACUGUGGGCACAACUGGAAGCUUCUCCUCCAUGGAAAGCAUUCUUGCUCUUCAAGCCCCUCCUGGUUCUAGGAGACCACGGGGGAAGGAGAUGGUGGGGAUUUGAUGGGCCCGUCCUUCACCUUAACAGCCUCUUCCUCUGACACGUCCUGCCCGCCCAUCUCCGUCUCUGACCCUUCCUCUUAUUCUGCUCUGGCUCCUGCCUCAUGGGCACCGCCAAACCCCAUAAAUCACCAGCCCCCUCUCCUGGGUCAAUGCCCUGGCCUCUUGUCUCCACCCCACACUGUCAGAGCUCUGACAGGUAGACUCUCAGU